AUGGAAUGGUGUAAUCAAAGCACGGCUAUCAAGUAUCUAUUCAAAUAUAUCCACAAGGGAUUUGACAAAAAUACUGCAUCAUUCGUAAAUGCUCCGCGUCAACCAUCCCGUCGUUACAAUAACAUUGAUGAAAUACAUCAGUAUCUCUACUAUCGAUAUGUGUCCCCGUGUGAAGCUGCAUGGAGAUUAUUCGGCUACAAGAUUCAUGGGAGGAAGCCAGCCGUUGAACGUAUGUUUUUCCACCUUAUUGGUGAAAAAUUGCUAUUUUACUCAGACUAUGACCGAAUGGAAAAUGUAUUGGAAAAGGCAAGCGUAACGAAAUCCAUGUUUUCUUCAUGGUUAAUUGCAAACGAGACUUAUGACCAUGCAAGGGAAUUGACGUACGACCAAUUUGUGACAAUGUUUGUCUACCACAAGAGACAGAGAAUGUGGAUGCCUCGGAAAAAGGGGGUUUACAAUUGGCGGGUUAAUUUGGGUGCCUCCAUCUACCGGAGAACUAUAUUAUCUACGGAUGAUGCUAACGGUCGUGAAAGGACCUAUGACAUAUGA